GAAACCACAAACCUGGCAAAGACCGACGGUGAGGAGUGGUGACCAACUCACACAACAGUCCAUCAAGAUACAGAGAGAAGUGCCUGCCGAAUGUUAGUUUUUCUGAGUCACUCGCACUCGCAGAGACAACCCACUAUGCUUUCAUUCAAAACUUCCCGCAUAUUAUUUAACUAACUCGCUCCGCCCCUUGUGCCUUCUGAGGGUGGGGGAUUCUCCUUAUCGGUUAUCCUCAAAUCUCUCUCUCUCUCUCCCCCCCCCCCAAAUCUGCAUCAUCAAUUAGUCGCCGCCGCCAAUGCUGCCAUACGCCACCAUUGAUGACGCCGCGGCGGCCCUUGGCCGGAACCUUACUUUCGCUGAGAAAUUGUGGUUCAAUUAUUCGGCCCAGAAAUCUGAUUAUUUCCUCUUCUGCCACAACAUUUUGUUCCUCUUUUUCGUCUUCUCUAUGGCGCCUCUACCUUUGGUUGUCGCCGAGGUUAUGAGAUCUAUGGGAAUUGAGAAGUAUAAGAUUCAGCCCAAAUUGCGACUCUCGCUUUCCGAAAUCUUUCGGUGCUACAAGGACGUCAUGGUCCUCUUCUUCCUCGUUGUUGGGCCUCUGCAACUCGUGUCGUACCCGUCUAUUGAGAUGGUUGGAAUCGGAACGGGUUUGCCAUUGCCAUCUGGGUGGGAGAUUAUGGCACAGUUGUUAGUGUAUUUCACAGUUGAGGAUUACACCAACUACUGGUUGCACAGAUUCCUUCAUGGGAAAUGGUUCUACGAGAAAAUUCACCGGGUUCACCAUGAAUAUACUGCUCCUAUUGGUUUUGCCGCGCCCUAUGCACAUUGGGCUGAAAUCUUGAUCCUGGGAAUCCCGUCUUUUCUUGGGCCUGCAAUUUGUCCUGGGCACAUGAUCACAUUCUGGUUGUGGAUAGUUUUGCGGCAGAUGGAAGCCAUUGAGACUCAUUCCGGAUAUGACUUCCCAUGGAUUCCCACAAAGUAUAUUCCAUUUUAUGGUGGUGCAGAAUACCAUGAUUACCAUCAUUACGUAGGGGGACAAAGUCACAGCAACUUUGCUUCUGUAUUUACGUACUGUGAUUUUAUUUAUGGUACUGACAAGGGCUAUCGAUAUCAGAGGAAGCUACUUUCAAAGCUGAAAGAGGGAUCAGAAAGCAAUGGAGAGCAGAAUGGAGGAUCGUACAAUCUUAAAUCUGAUUAGCUGUUGGACUCAUCUUCAAUUAGUUUCCUUCUCACUACACUUCUCACUGGUAACAACUGGUGGAAAACCUCGGUGUUAAAUGGCAAUUGCUGAUCUAGGUGGAGGAGUAAGGAAUCGAAGGUUUUAGUAUUUGUGGCAGUGGUUAAAUCGCGCUAUGUUGGUGUUCUGUCUUUGUGUAAGCUUCAACGAGUUGUGAAUUUUCAAGAAACUAGACAUCCUUUAAAAUCGAAGUUUUAUUAGCUUUGUUCUUGGCUUCUAAGAUGAUCUUCAAGUCUUGCUAUUCAUGCUUUAAUGUGUUAGCCGGAACCAAACCGCUAAGAUGUUACUUUGUCCCUUGAAUUUAGUCCUAUGAUAAAAUUCUGUGUGUUGAUAGUUGGUACAACCGGCAA